AUGUCUGUCCAUAACCACAUCCAGAUGUGCCUCCUUGGCAGCCUGCUGCUGAGACACAAGUGAGGGGACGUGGGCUCGGCGCUCUCGAAUGGGAUAUGGACAUUGGUGCUGGGCAGAUCAGACACAGCUCUUAACAGUCCCAGGAACACCGUGGAGACCAUGAGAGUUCGUCUCAAAGGGGAUGCGAUCUGUACCCUCUUCCUGCUGGUGGCACUUUGCUCUUUACUCUAUUCCCAGCUGGAACAUUUGGUCCCAGCAGGAAACAAGGAGCUGACGCAGAAGCAGCCUUCAGUAAGACCAAAAGUAGUCUCUGACUCCAGAGGGCCUUGGAGACCAAUGCCAGCACAGGCAAUAGUGUCCAGACCUCAAGUAACUCCUGUUGUGAGACGAAAGGAAGUGGCCAGCAACAGGGUCCAAACUACAACUCCAGCCCCAAUGACUGAUUCUGCCUUCAACUUCAAGCUCUAUCUCCUAAACAAGGACAAGAGGAACUUCAAUCUUCUCAUUAACCAGCCCAAGAAAUGCAGGAGAACACCAGGAGGUCCCUUUCUGCUCAUUGCUAUCAAAUCAGUAGUUGAAGACUUUGACAGACGUGAGAUUGUUCGGAAGACUUGGGGCAGGGAGGGUUUGGUGAAUGGGGAGCAGAUCCAGCGAGUGUUCCUCCUGGGAACACCAAAGAACAGGACAGUGCUAGAAACCUGGGAGACCCUGAUCCAACAGGAGAGUCAGGCAUACAGGGACAUUUUACUGUGGGACUUCAUGGACACUUUCUUCAACCUGACCCUGAAGGAAAUCCACUUCCUGAACUGGGCUGCUGAAUUCUGCCACAGUGUGAAAUUCAUCUUUAAAGGUGAUGCUGAUGUCUUUGUUAACGUUGAGAACAUUGUUGACUUCCUUGAGAGACAUGACCCCACCAAGGACCUCUUUGUUGGGGACAUCAUCUACAACGCCCGCCCCAUCCGUAUCCAACAGAGCAAAUACUACAUCCCAGAGACCAUGUAUGGGCUAAGCAUCUACCCAGCCUAUGCGGGAGGAGGAGGGUUUUUGCUGUCCAGCCACACCAUGAGGAAGCUCUCCAAGGCCUGCAGAGAGGUGGAACUCUUCCCCAUCGACGAUGUCUUUUUGGGUAUGUGCCUACAGAGGAUCAACCUCAAACCCGUUUCGCAUGAAGGAUUCAAGACCUUCGGUAUCGUUAAGCCAUCUGCCGCCCCGCACCUCCAGACAUUUGACCCUUGUUUCUACAAGGACCUCAUGGUAGUUCACAGCCUGAAAGUUGCUGAGAUCUGGCUAAUGUGGAACCUGCUCCACAGCCCACGUCUUUCCUGCACUCAGAAGAAGCAAGUGAAGAAGCCUUUCCAGUGGAAAAUGAAGGCUCAGGUAACACAGGCAUCACCCCUUGGAUAA